AUGUCACCUUCAGCGAACAAAGUACCAACCGAGGUAAUCCUCAGACGAUUCUUAUCAGGUCUAAAUGAAAACCAACUCAAAGCAGUCACAGCUCCACCUCAUGGUAGAUUACAAAUUAUUGCUGGGCCCGGAACUGGGAAAACCAAAGUGUUAACUUCUCGAGUUGCUUAUUUAUUAAUUAGAGAAAACAUUCCUCCAGAACAAAUUAUCGUGACUACAUUCACCAAAAAAGCUGCUAAUGAAAUGACUGAAAGAUUGGAGAAGAUGCUAGUUGAUACUCCUAUCAAUUUGAAUAAAUUAUUAAUUGGGACUUUUCAUAGUAUUUGUUAUCGAAUUAUUAAGAGAUAUGGAAAGAAAUUGGGGAUUUCAAGUUAUAGAAUUGCUGAUGAGAGAGAUAAAGAUCAUUUCUUGAAAGAAGUGUUCAAAGGUUUAACUGACGAGGAACUUGCUCAUAUUCGUACAUUUGAUAAGUGGAUGGUCGAAGUACUUCAAACUAAGAAAGGUGGUAAUAAAUAUAAUUUCUUUGAUUCAGGAACUAUCGGUAGACAAAUCUCGAAAUUUAAAUCUUCCGGUAUAUUACCCAAUGAGGUUCCCAAAACACCUUCACGAAAUGAUUGUCUUGUAUAUUUAUAUGAAAAAUAUCAAGCUAAACUUGCAGAAAAUAGAGCUUUGGAUUUUGAUGAUUGUUUAUUGUAUUGUUAUAAAUUAAUCUCCCAAUAUCCAGUUUUAAACUACAUCGAACAUAUCUUAGUUGAUGAAUUCCAAGACACCAAUCCUAUUCAAUUACAAUUAAUGUAUUAUUUCGCCCAAGGACACCCUACUAUUCCAGAAACUCAAAACAAUGUCACAAUCGUGGGGGAUCCUGAUCAAAGUAUCUAUGGAUUCCGAGAAGCCCAAUCCAUCAACUUCAAAAAAAUGAUUGAGCAUUAUGAAUCAAGAUCUCAACCAUGUACAAUCAUCUCCUUGAAUGAAAAUUAUCGAUCAACUAAAGACAUCCUAGAUUUCUCGGAAUCAGUAAUGAGACAACAACACGAUCGGACAACCAAAUCCUUAAAUUCACAACUCACAAACUCAUUCAAACCAGUCUAUGCCGAACUCAAGGGCUCAGACAAAGAAGCGAGAUGGAUCGUAUAUCAGAUCAAACAUUUAUUAGAACUCCCUAAUUCUCCAAUUGAAUACAAAGAUAUUUCGAUCUUAGUCCGAGCCGCCUGGCAAACCCGGGUAAUUGAAGAAGAAUUCGUGAAGGCAAGAUUACCAUAUCAUAUGAUCCGAGGUAAAGCGUUCUGGGAAAGACAGGAAGUGAUUGGGAUUAUGGAUUAUUUGAGAGUGAUUGGGGAUGAAUAUGAUCGUGUAUCGGUGUUGAGAACUUUGAAUUAUCCAAAAAGAGGACUUGGUCCAAAGGCUAUGGCCCAGAUUGAAGGGUUUUUAGAAACAUACCAUGGAACAACUCAUGAUGCGUUGAGAGAAUUGGCAGCGGGGAAAGGUAAGGAUGUGAAAUUGGGUCCGAAGUUGAAGAAAUCAAUUGGUGAUUAUGUGGAACUUAUCCAAGACGCCCGAGAAAUUUGUAGUACCAUUGAUCAAUUGAUAGAAUCCGAGAAACCAGAAGAAUCACUUCCAAUUGUUCGACAAUUAUUUGAUCUCGUCUAUGAAAAUUCAACCCUUAAAAAACAUCUUGAAACCGAAGAUGGAAAAGAAGGAAAACAUGGCAAUGUCCUAGAAGUGAAAAGAAUGUUUGAAGAAUUCAUUCCCAUAAAAGAACCCCUUCCUGCCUAUAUCGGCUCCACUGAAUCUGAUCUCGAUACCGAAUCAAGAAAUUACAUUCUUCAAUUCAUCGAAUCUGUCGGAUUGUACGAUACUUCCGAUAACACCACCACCGACCAAGAAGAAUCAUCAUCAUCCAGAGGUCGGAUCGCAUUAAGUACGAUUCAUGGAUCCAAGGGUUUGGAAUGGCCCGUGGUAUUCGUCCCUGGCCUAAGUGAAGGCAUCCUCCCCUCCAGUUUUGCCCGUGGGGAAGAGGAACCCAAAAAUGAAGAACGGAGAUGUUUUUAUGUCGCCACAACAAGAGCGAAAUCCCUACUUUAUAUUUCUUCAUAUUUUGAAAAUUCUGAACUGGAUUGGAGACCGUCGAUUUGUUGUGUGUCACAAUUUAUCGAGACGUUGAUUGAUGGGUUUGCGAAACAUCAAGAGGCAUUUUCGAAGUGGGAUAAAUUUGAGGCGUUGUAUAAGAUACUUGGAAAGGAAGGGUUGUUGCCGGGGAAUAAGGAUGAUUUCCCCUUGGCUAGUUUUAAUAGGUGUUAUAAGAGUCAUGAAAAGAGAUUUAUCAGAGGGAAGGAUCCGGUUGAUUUCAAAGAGUAUUUGAAUCCUCCCGAGAAGAAGAAGCAAUCGAAGAAGAAUGAAAAUGCCGAUACUGAUGAUGAAGAAGUGGAGAUUAUUGCGGGGUUUACACUGGCUGCUGAAAUAAUUCAAGCAGGAAAUGGAAAGAAACGGAAAUAUAACAAUGCUUUCGGAAAAGCUCCACUACCAUCAUCAGCAACAAUCACAGGCGCGGCGGCUAUAAAGACACCAACUAUAAAUAAGGCACCUCCAUAUAUUCCAAAUGGGAAAAUAUCCGUCAAUUCCAAAAGUAUUGUUCACAAUGGUACCAAGAGAGCACCAAUAUAUAUUCCUGAUCGAUAA